AUGGUAGAUCUAAACAGCCUCAAGGACGAGAUUUCGUCCAUUGGCAAUAAAAUCAAGGAAUUGAAGAACAUGGCGGUCAAAGAGUUGACCGUCACGGAUGAGAUUGGCAAGAAUGUUCAGGAUUUGCUCGCCAAGAAGCAAUUGUACGCCGAACACAACAAUGGGAUUGGCAUUGACGGAAAGCCAUUUGCCAAGAAUAUGACCAAGGCCGAAAAGAAGAAGCAAGCACAGGCGCAGAAACAACAGCAGCCUAAUCAGCAGCAGCAAAAUCAGGAACAAAGUCAGGCACCCAAGGCUGAGAAUGCCUCCAAAAAGGCUGCCAAGAAGGCCGAGAAAGCGGCAAAGAAGGCUGCCUACAAGGCCGGUGGCGGCGCUCCUGCAGCUGGUAGUGGUGGCGGCGGUGGCGCUCCUCCUCCGCAACAGCAGCAGCAAGGAAAGAAACAGCAACCACCACCCCAAUUGGCCCAAAAGAAGGCUGUUCCUCCACCCACCAUGAAGCGUGGUGGUGGAUUCCAAGUCAAGCCACUCCAGAUGGUGAUUAAUCCUAAUGCUCCCAUUGAGGAUCGACCGGUGGUUGCCUUGGCCAUGGCUGUCUUGACCAAUACCGACAUUGAUUUGGAAUUGACUAGUGAUCACCGAAUUGCCCAAGCCACACUCGGUGGUGAAGCUGAAGCUGGUGACGAAACUCCUCAAAUCGUUGGAGACUUGAGCAUGGCCCGAUACCUCGUCGCACGAAGUGACAAGAACGAAUUUGCAAGCGUCUCCAAUUCGCAACAAGCACUCCAAAAUGCUUGGAUCGAUUACGCUUCGUCGCUCAAGCCUCUAUCCAAAGAACAAGCUCUCAAGGGAAUUGGAAUGACCUUGGGACAUGCUUUGUUUACCAAGACUUAUUUGGUGGGAGAAUCCUUGACCUUUGCCGAUGUGGCGCUCUUUGGAGCCAUGGCAUGGCCUUCUCAAUCGAGCGAUUUGGCCGCUGUCACGGCUGCCUUGCAAGCGAACGAUUACACAGCAGCCCUCCGUUGGACCACCAUGAUGGCCAGUCAUCCGGCCAUUCGAAAGGCGACCCAAUUGGCCAUGGGCGUAAAUGGAACCACCGAAGUGGGUGGCGAUUUGUUGGAACCACUCGUCUCUGGAAUGAAUCUAUUGGAAGGUGCGGUUCCGGGCAAUGUUGUCACUCGGUUCCCACCCGAACCUUCUGGUUAUUUGCACAUUGGACAUGCCAAGGCGGUCUUGCUCAAUGAUUACUAUGCUCGUCGUUACAAGGGACGGCUCAUUGUGAGAUUUGAUGAUACCAAUCCCUCCAAAGAAAAGGAAGAGUAUCAACAAUCCAUUGUGGAAGAUUUGAAGUUGUUGGGAGUCGAUCCCGAUGUCGUGACUUACACUUCGGAUUACUUCAAGGCCAUUUUUGGAUACGCCCUGAGUAUGAUUGAAAAUGGCACUGCGUACAUGGACGAUACUCCUCAAGAGCAAAUGAAGCUGGAACGAGCGGAUCGAGUCGAGAGUAAACAUCGCAACAUGCCACCCGAAGAAGCCAAGGAAAAGUUUUUGAUGAUGAACUCGGGCAAAGAAGAAGGCGCAGCUUGGUGUCUUCGUGCCAAGAUUGACAUGAACUCGGACAAUGGAACUUUGAGAGAUCCUGUCUUGUUUCGACAAAACUUGGAGCCCCAUCAUCGCAGUGGAACUACUUACAAGGCCUAUCCUACCUAUGAUUUGGCCUGCCCCAUUGUGGAUUCCUUGGAAGGCGUCACUCAUGCCUUGCGUACGACCGAGUACAACGAUCGGGACGAGCAGUACCAAUGGAUUCAAACGACUUUGGGUCUAAGACGGGUCCGCAUCCAUUCCUUUUCCCGUGUCAAUUUCAUGUACACGGUCUUGUCCAAGCGCAAAUUGGCGUGGUUUGUCGAACAAGGUUUAGUCGAAGGCUGGGGCGAUGCUCGAUUCCCUACCGUUCGCGGUGUGGUGAGACGAGGUGUCAAUUUGGAUGCUCUGAAAACCUUUAUCUAUUCUCAAGGAGCUAGUAGACGUGUGGUCAAUAUGGAUUGGUCCAAGUUCUGGGCCGAGAACAAGAAGGAAAUUGACAAACAAGCCAAGCGAUUCAUGGCCAUUGAUGCCAAUACCAACGUGCCACUUAAGGUUACCAACGGCCCAGCCAUUGAUUCCAACUCAUACUUGUCCACAGCCAAUCAUCCCAAGGAUCCAUCGCUGGGAUCUCGUGCUUUGCGCAUUGGCCAAGAUGUUAUUUUGGAGACGGUCGAUGUCGAGGGCAUUCAAGAGGGCGAAGAGAUUGUAUUGUUGAGAUGGGGAGUCGUCAAGAUUACCAAGGUGACUCAAGCAAACGGAAAUGUUGGCUCGUUGGAGGGAGAAUUCAUUCCCGAUGGAGACUACAAGACAGCCAAGCGCAAGUUGUCGUGGAUGAUCCAAACUGGCAGCAACCCCAUUGUCGAAUUGACCGAGUUUGAUCAUUUAGUCACAAAGGACAAGUUGGAGGAAGAGGAUAACUUUGCCGACUAUGUCAAUCCCACCACCCUUGCUACCACUCAAGUCAUGGGAGAUGCUGGACUCAAGACAUUGCAAGAGCACGAGAUUAUUCAGCUGGAGCGUCGCGGAUUCUUCCGUGUCGAUCGCCCGUACCGUGAUGGAAAGCCUUUGAUUUUGUACAUGAUUCCCGAUGGAAAGACCAAGUCCAUGUCCGGAAUGACUGGCAAGUUGGCUCACCACUAG